AGGAACCUUCCGACCGCGGGCAGGAGGCAUUUCCAAGGGCCGAGAUGAAAACUAAAAAAGGUGCUCUUGUUGCAGUCUCGGGCAGUGAGACAGACGAUGACGACAGCAUGGAUAUCCCCCUGGAUCUUUCUUCUUCUGCCAGCUCCGUCAAGAGGAAGAGACGGGGUAACCUGCCUAAGGAAUCGGUUCAGAUUCUUCGGGACUGGCUGUACGAGCACCGCUACAACGCCUAUCCUUCAGAACAAGAGAAAGCACUACUGUCCCGACAGACACACCUUUCCACACUACAGGUCUGCAACUGGUUUAUCAAUGCACGGCGCAGACUUUUACCUGACAUGCUGAGGAAGGACGGGAAGGACCCAAAUCAAUUCACGAUCUCAAGAAGAGGGACCAAGAUGGCUGAUGGCAGCCCGGUGGAAUUUCCCAUUGGCACAAAAAACUGCAUUCCACUGAUGGAGAGCUCCUAUCUCUCUGGUAGCCUAGGACCAAACAAGACUUGUAAAUCUUCUUCCCUGGCAUCCGUUUUGGCUCGACCAUCAGUAAUAUGCCACACCACAGUAACUGCACUGAAAGAUGCUCCUUUCCACUUCGGUCAACCAACUGGUGCCGGUCAGACCCCAGAAGACCUGCAGCGGGCCUCACCUGCCAACUUCACAGACAACUGUCUUAUAUACCAUGAGGAUGUGUCUAAACUGGAAUCGAGUACAAAUGCACAGAGUGGCCUUUUCAACACUCCCCCUCCUACUCCUCCAGACCUCAAUCAGGAUUUUAGUGGAUUUCAGCUCCUGGUGGAUGUUGCUCUGAAACAGGCAGCAGAGAUGGAACUGCAGGCAAAACUCAUGGCCUAAAUCCUCCCCCUCCUUUGUUUUUCUUCUCCCCUGGCAGGGAUGUAAUAGAAAUAUGUGGCAAUUUGUCCACGUUAUAUCAAAGACUGACUGCAUUUUUUGAAAAUUAAUCUUAUUUGCACAAGGGAUUGCUGAGAUGAAGCUUCCUGAAACGGUCUUCAGUGGAAUAUGGUCAUUCCUAGAAUUAUAAAUGUAAAGCUACUGUAGAAACAAAAAGUUUUUUUUCUUUUUUUUUAUAAUAAAUGUUUCUUAGUAGGUUUUUUCAUAAUGUGAGAUGGUUCCCAAGGUCAUGUGAUUUUUUUUGUUAUUGUUUUCAUUGUUUCUUUCAGACUGUGCAAUAUUUAGUAACAAGAUUAGUCUUCAUAUCAUUCCCACGUGGAACAAAAUAUACCAACAGGCUGUCUUAAAACAAAUUUCAGAUUUAAAAAAUGAGUUUGAAUUUU